GUUCAACACACACAUCCACACACUCACCCUCCUCUCUCACGCACACGCACCUAUAUAUACAUAGCUGAGAGGCGUAUAUCAAGAGACAUGGGCCGCAACAAGAACAGAUCGAAGGCGGCCGCCCACGCCGCGUCGGAGAGCGACGAGGAACUCGAAGAAACGCACAAGGCGGCCGCCGCUGCGACGACACCGCGUGAGGACGGCGGCGGCGCAAAGGAGGCGACAGCACCGGCGACUGCCGGACAACACAGUGGGCACAACUCGGAUCAUGCAGACAGUGACAGCGAUGGCGACGGCACUGCGAAGGCGAAGAAGAAGGAGUACAAGGGUAACCGCCUCAAGAAGCAGGAGAAAAAGAUCAAAACCAAAGGAAAAGGUGCUGCUGCGGCUGCGUCAGCCGCGGAAGAGACGCGUGGAGAAGGCGCAGGAGACAAGGAGGAGGCCGAGGGCGCGCUGGCAGACGGUCGCGUGCCCCCGAUCGAGGUGCUCUACUGCCCGAACUGCAGCUUCCCCGCCGAGUACUGCGAGUUUGGCGGAAUGAUGGAGAAGUGCCGGCCGUGGCUGCUCGAGCACGCCGCCGAGCUCGCGGAUGCCGAAGACCGCGGUCGCAAGCGACGUAUCUUGACCGAGAAGGACCGCCUCGAGGCUCUGUUAGAGGGUCGCGGUAUUAAGAAGGCGCUGGAGCGCGUUGUCGUGAUUGAUGUCGGGAAGCGCUCCGGCAAGCACAUGAACACCGCCGUCUUCGGCAUGGACCUGUUCGGCUUCAACUUGAAGGAUUUGUCGCGGGAUUGGCGCAAGCGCUUCUCGUGCGGCGGUGGUGUGCGUUCGGCGGAGGAGGGCAUGCAUCAGGACUGCAUUGACAUCCAAGGCAACGUGCAGGACGAGGUUGCGGAGAUGCUUGUGUCGAAGUACUCGAUUCCCAAGACGGCGGUGUUUAUCAUGGAAGGGAAGAAGAAGGUGCCGUAUCCGUAUUAA